AGUAGAGAUAUGAUUGGCAAUCCACAUAUUCAUGUCAUAAAGAUCAUUAAUGAGAUUGCUGUGCAACCAUACAUUAGUUAGAUUUCUGAACUGAGAAAUUAACAUCUAAACUGCAGUUCACUUAACAUAUCAACCAAAAAAGCAAUUUAUUCAUGAUGUCUUGUAAGGUUAUGAGUUGUUGGGGCAACAUGAUAUCGGAGAAGCUCUUUGGACGAGUUACUGUUUUCGCUUUGUUUUUAGCAACAGGCCAUUACAUAUUACUUGGAAUAGAACACACAUUGACAAAAGAUCAUAUAUCGGGAACAGAUCACAUAUCAAGACUGAUGGACGGGUGUAGUGAUCAAAAGUUUGUGCUAAUAUUCUCAUACGAAAGAUCUGGAUCUAGCUUUUUGGGGGCAGCCAUGGACCAACAUCCCUCCAUAUUUUAUGUAUACGAGCCCCUGAAUCCACAGGUCCAAAAGGAAAUGAAAUUCCCAAGACGGAAUAAUAUCAGCGACAAAUGGCUGGAGUUGGAGGCUGACGUUUACAGGCAAGUUCAGCUGUGCAAGUUGGACCAACUCCCGGAGGAGAUUGACAUUAUGAGAUAUCCAAUCCUGCACACACCUCAUCCUGAAUAUCCUGAUGUGUAUAUGGAAGGGUUUACAAAAUGUAUGACCAACAGUGAAAUGAAUCCAUUCGGCAUCAAUAAAACAGAUUUUUGUAUACAAAGUGUACUUGGAUUAUGCAAAUCGAGAUUGGUGGUACUUGCUAAAGAAGUUCGAGGUACAAUGGAAGGAUUCACCCGCUUCGUCCAGAGACUAAACUGCUCAGACAAUGUGAAAGUUAUCCAUCUUCUCCGAGAUCCAAGGGGAGAAAUUAACAGUCGUUUUAAAACAGAAUGGACAAAAUUUCCAAGUUAUUCAUUAGUUGCUCAACAAGAGUUUAUCAGUUCGUUGUGUGGACGUAUGUUAAAGGAUAUAAGGAUAAGACGAGAGCUUGAAAAUAAGUACCCAGACAUGUUUAUGCAGUUAAAAUACGAAGAUGUUACUAAAAACCCAAUACAGACAUUUGAGGCUCUAAUGGAAUUUAUUGGAUUACCCUUCUAUCCAUAUCACAAAAAGAUGUUGGGGCUCAAGUCUAAAAAUUCUUCAGUACAUCUUUGGAAGAAUACGCUUAAAAGGAGUUUAGUGAGGGAUAUUGAUGAACGGUGUUCAGGCCUGUAUGAUGAACUAGGUUACCAAAAACAAAUUAACAGAUUAUAGUAAAACCAGGGUAGCCUACACAUCAGAUAUGAAUAUUCCACACAUAGCUAGGCAAGGUUUGUCCGAUUCCAGCCAAUCCGAACACAGUAUUAAACAUGACAACAGUGCAUGGAAUAAUCAAUAACGCAUUUAUUUUGUAUGGUUGCCAAGAUGAAGAGAUUGAAAUCGAUGCUUUGCCAAUACUUGACCCUUGCAAAACGUUUCAUUGAAAAUAUUUUUUCAGUGACUUUGUAUCUAUAAGGUGAUUUUGUAGAAAAUAUUUUGCAAUGUGUGAAAAGAAUUUAAGCCCAAGACUCAAUGCAUUGUAGCUGCUUCAUUUCAAUCAACCCCGCUUCGCGGUCAUACAAAGAUUUGGAAACAACACCUUCAUUGAUUCAGCAAACAAUGCACUGAGUCCAGGGCUUAAAUUCUUACAAUAAAUGGGUAUAUGACAUUUGCUGAUUUCACUAUAAAAUAAAUAAAAGAG